AUGGUCCCAGUGGCUGAGUGUCUCAGCCAGUGGAAGUGGAAUUGGUUUCAGCGGGAGCGACCCUUGAUUGACUUUCAGACCUUUGACAGCGCGAGCCGGGGCGUGAUGGGGUCAGUUUUACUCAUGCGCUUGUUGAGAUGGAAUCACCUCGCGGUUGUUGGUGCGCUGGUCUCAGUGUUGGGAAUAGUCACUUCCCCCAUGACACAACUCCUUAUCCAGUACCCAAUGCGUCUUGUUCCGGCCCCGAGCCCCGGCGGAGCUAGUGUCCCUGUUGUACAGCACUACAGAAGUCGCGUGGGACUCAUUGGCUCUUGGUCAAUCGACAUCGCCAACUAUGUGACAGGGGGGUUGGUCCACUCGGCAGGGUCACGGAUUGACGAGGCUGUGCCUACCUGUCCAAGCGGAACCUGUCAGUGGGGCCAGUUCCAGAGUUUUGGGAUUUGUAGCCGCACGGCCAAUAUUACGGACAGGUUAGUCGUGGUUCAAGUUCCAUUCUCGACGGCGGAUGACUGGACAGUUUGGGACAACACUGUGGAUUUAAAUCGCCUGCGCCUGAACGGGACGCUUGCAUAUAAUGUCACAUUUCCCGACGGAGACGGCUUUGUCACGCCCGUUUCAUACACGGUGUAUAGCGCACCACUUACCCACUCCAUCGCGUUCAGCAACGACGCGGCGCUCACGACCGCCACCCUCGCCCGGUAUAAGGUUGCCUGGGCCGACGCCGGUAACGCGACGUAUCAAGAGUCCAGCAAUGCCACAAGCCCAGAUCCUUGGCAGUUCGGAGCCGCAGAAGUGGUCUUCUACGCCUGUGUCAACACUUACAACGCCAGCGUUAGAGACGGCGCGGCCAUGGUCACGACGAGCAAGUCACCAUCGUACAGCGUGGUGUCCAGCACCUUGACGAACAAGACCCAUGGUAUAGUCAACAUCAACUGCACUUCUCCCAGUCUUUUGAGCGGCGGCGGCGGUUCCAUGACGUCUUGCACCCAGGACACGCGGACGCCGAACCAAGGUGUCAUCGCGCUCCACGGGUCAGGCGAGCCCGGCGUCGCAUUCUCGAACGAGACGUUUACGGCCGAUAUCCGCAGUCUCACAAUCCUCAGCAAGUACAUCCUCCAGGAUUCGUCGGGCAUUUGGGCGUGGGACGGCGCCGACAUAUUCAUAAUGGCUGGCAACAAUGGCGUCCCGACCCUGGCAGAUGCAGUCUACGACUACAUGCCCGACGGCGGGACGAGCAAUGCGCAUAACCAGCGGCAGCGAAAGGCCGGGGACCAUGCGCUACAACUCCUCAGGCUCCAGAAUGUGGCCGAGAAUGUGGCUGUGAGCAUAACCAACGGGUAA